AACUUCUGCACGUAUUUAGCUGCAAGAUAAAAAAGCGUCAAGUUUCAUUCCCCAUACAAAAGUCAUCAAGUGAGUGAAAAAAAUAGCAACAAAAUUUCUCCUGGGGUCCAAUUUAGCCCGCAAAUAACUGGAAAUUACGCACAAUUCAAAAAAGUGGACUUCAAUCCCAGGGUAAUUAAAGUAGGACUGGAUUACUCCUCACCAAAUUCGUCAAAAUAAGCACAUUUGUAAUCAUUUCUCUGCUGUAGGAAAUUACUUAAAAAUUCUGGAUGACAAAUUUGAAGAAUUUAUCGUUACAGUGUUUUAAAUAUAGGUAUCUAGAUUGUCAGUUUUGAAAGGAAAUCUCAAAUUUAAGAAGCCUUCAGAAAAAUCGGAACGUAUCGAAGUUGGCUUAUCGUAAUUAAAAAGUCUCAUCGCCAUUCUAUUAAUUAACUUAUUGACUACAAAUUGGUCUUCAAGAAUUUUAAAAUAAAUUUCCAAAGCCAAACAACAACUAAAAAUGUGUUGAUGUUUAUGCUGAGGCAUCGAGUCAUAUACAUACAUAAAAUAAAGCAACACACGAAUAAAUAAAUAAUAGAUAAAUAAAUACGUAAUACAUACAUAAAUAUAUAACACAUUUAACUUUAACAUAAUUAACCCGGUUCCAGGUACGAGUGGCACCUCACUCCCCAAUUUGGUUCCGUGUCCCCCACUACCAGAUUUUCCCCCCACUUCCACCUACACUUUACGCCCCUUCAAAACCUACGCGUCCGACGUGGUCAUCCCAUUCUGCUACUUUUCCUCCCCACGGGACACCUCCGAAGUUUUAAGUCUGGUCAACUGGGCAAAGAAUGCGGGUUAUCGGGUCCGUGGCGUGGGCCGGAUGCACAGUUGGAGUCCCAUCACCCUCUCGAAACACGAGGAAGCCACCCAUUGCCCCAAAUUUCUCUUAAUCGACACCACAAAAUAUUUAACCGGGAUAAAAGUCACGACUGACUUUAACACUUCCCUGCACAGCGUCACACUCGGCCCAGGGGUCACUUUGGGACGCCUCUUAAAAACCUUGGAGUCACAUCAACUCGGACUUUUCUCCUGCCCCUCGCAAGAUGACCUUUCCGUCGGUGGCAUGCUGGCAGUUGGGGCGCACGGAUCCGGCAUUAGCACAACCGCCAAAUCCAAAUCUCUCGGCCAUGCGUACGGAACAUUUAGCAAUCUCGUCCUCGAGAUGGACGUCAUCCGAUGGGACAACACUACUGGAAAAUAUGUCGUCCAAACGCUGUCAAGAUCACAUCCGGACACGAAAGCAUUUCUCGUCAAUUUGGGGAGAACGUUUGUAACCAGGGUGAAAAUACGGGUUGGUCCAGAUCAGAUGUUAAGAUCGCAAAGUUUUUUCGUAAAAGUGCGCCAAUUAUUUUGCGAGGAAAAAGACGAUGAUAAACCAAACUUGGCGGAUUAUUUGGAUUUGUACGGACGAAUACAAGUUAUCAGCUUGGAUGAAUCGAAUGUAUUUCUUUUUGGGUGGCACUCCGAACCAGAACAGCCGACCGGGUCAACCUUCACGGAAACACCGUACAAUCACCGUUUUGGGAAUUAUAUCCCGGGUAAUAGAAUUUAUAAAUGGCUGCUCGCAAGGAUUCCGCACGUUUGGAAGAUUAUUUCCCGUCUGGCAUUUCGUUUAAACUUUGUUGUAUCAUAUCUCACCGGGUCCCAGGAUUACUGGGGUCGGUCAAGAAACCAUUUAUUAUAUUAUUCUAAGCAUGUGCUAAUCUUCAGGCCAAAUUCAUUCGUGGUGGUCACAUCGCGCCAAAAUUUUCAAAAAGUUGUCUCAAUUAUACGGAAAGAUUAUGACGAUUUGGCCUCGGAGUGGCAUGCCCGGGGCGAAUAUCCGAACGCAGGUUCGUUCGAUAUGCGAGUCACGGGGGUGGAGGACCCCGAAAAUAUUUUGGCAGAGGGGGCGGACGCAGAACCACCCAUCUUUUCACCGGCAAAACCGGUGCCAAACCAUCCCGAGUACGAUAUCGUGAUUUGGUUUGAAUUUGCCACGUUUCCUGAGACGAGAAAAGCUCAGGAAUUUCUGGCGAGUUUGCAGUCACUUUUGUAUCGUGAUAUUCAUCAGGUCCAUGGCGUGUUGAGGGUGGAGUGGGCGAAGGGCUGGGGUCACACGUGGGAAAAUGCCUGGAAUAAUGAAACAAUUUUUAACACCUUGCCGGACGUAUUUUCAUCUUCGGAUGAACGGAAAGAGUGGAAUUUAGGAGUGGAGAUUUUAGAGAGGUAUGAUCCCUGGAGGGUUUUUAGCAAUGAAUUUUUAGAUAAGAUACUUAUCAAGACAUAGUUU